UAUACAUUUAUACAUUUAUAAACAUCAUGAGAUCUCGUAUACUUCGUGAUAUAAAAGCACGUCAGGCAGUUGCCAACAACGAAAUCACUCGUCAAGCUUUUAAAUAUAUUACUCGCAACGAAACAUUACCUGCUCGUAUACGUCACCAAGCCCAACUUCAGCUUAAUUCAAUGCCUAAAAAUUCCUCACCUACUCAUAUUCAUAAUCGUUGUGUUGCUACUGGUCAUGGAAGUGGUAUUUUACGCGAAUUUAGACUUUGUCGAUUUCAAUUUCGUUUAAAGGCUUUAAAUGGAGACCUUCCCGGAGUUAAAAAAGCAUCUUGGUAGAGAUGAUUCUUUGUAAAUUAUUAUUAUUCAAUGUAUACAUAUAAAGCACUACAGAAAAAAAAAAGAAAAUAAAAAAAAUAAAAAAUAAAUAAAUAAUAAAUAACAUCUCUUGUUAUAUACAAACUAUGGAUUGGG